AUGGGACCGUGGAAGGACGAAACGAUGGAGUUUCUGGGUCAUCAAUGCAACUUCUCCACGUCCCCCAGUUUCUACAGAUGGGAACUGUAUCACGACACGAAAGUGAUAUGUCCCGGCUGGACCAACAUCAUGGGAUAUGCGUUCGACGCAUUCCUCUCGUGUUUUUCAGCUAAGACAAAGAGUCCGAGCGGAUCUCUGAAGCACGCCACCACCGACUUCGUGAACAAGGCUCUACAAUCAGGUCAGGAAGUAUCAAUACUAUUAUGA